UUUGGGACUACAAAGGGAAUUUUUUUACAAUCAAAUUUUUCAAUGUCUGAUCAAUUUUAAUUAAUUUAUAGUGAUGUAUCUAGGUCAAUUAUCAUGAUUUGUUUCAUGUCUUUGCCAUGAAACUGAAUAGAAAUCAACUAUAUAAUACAUCUAUUCCUAUGUUGUCUUGAAAAAAUUUACAUUACUUCUUUUUCCUUCUUUCUUACUUCCUUCAUCAUAUUUCAACUAAUCAUCCCCUACCAAUAUGUUACCUGUCGCUGCUGGUGUAGCUUCCUUAUCAUUCAUCUCCUUCAUUUUAUUGAUUCCUGCCUUUAUAUGGCAUUGCAGAAGUAAGAAUAUUCCUGCUAUUUGCUUAAUAUUCUGGUUACAAUUCAUCAACUAUAAUACAUUUGUUAAUCUUUUGAUUUGGAGUGGUGAAGAUUUUUAUGAUAAAUGGAAUGGGAAAGUUUAUUGUGAUAUCAGUACUAAAUUCGAAGCUGGGUCAUCAACAGGUAAAAUCGCUGCUGUCGCUGCUCUUGCUAUGAAUCUUUAUAUGGUUUUAGAUGCUAAACAUCCAAUCUUUUUAAACCCAAACUCUUGGAAAAAGAAACUUAUUGAUUUAUCCAUCUGUUUAAUCACUCCAAUCUUUAUCAUGGCUACUAAUUUUAUUAUUGCAGGUAGAAGAUUCAUCAUUGUUAGAUUCCAAGGUUGUACUUCCGCUUAUGUCUAUAGUGGAGCUACCAUUGCACUUUUCUCAGUAUGGACUAUUGUUUGGAGUUUCUUUGCUCUUGUAUUUGCUAUUUUAACCAUUUAUAAAUAUUUCAUGAUUAGAAAAGAUGUGGGUGAUAUUUUAAGAUGUACUAAUUCAGGAUUAAAUCUUAGAAGAUUUGCAAGACUAUUAAUCUUUAGUGUGAUUAUUAUUUUAGGGGUUACACCACUUGCUAUUUAUUAUUUCGUUGGUGAUGUUAGUGUUUUUAGAGGACCAUUUAAUUGGAGUGCUGUUCAUAAUGAAUUAUGGGGAAAUAUUGAAUACUUUGAUUUUGGAUUCUUCUUAUUAUAUGAAAAUUUCAUUAAUAUGGGUUUAUCAGUUAUAACAUUUUUAAUCUUUGGUUUAGGUUCAGAUGCUGUUGAUAUGUAUAAAUCCAUUUUCCAUACUGUUACUUUCCAUAAAUUCAGUAAACAUAGAGAUAUGCAAGAUGAUUUAGCCACUCAAGUUGGUUCAUUACCAUCUCAAUCCAGAAUUAAUAGUAAUAAAUCUCAAUUCACUACUAGUACCGGUAUGACUGGUUCAACCAUGAAUGAAUUUGAUAGACAAUAUGGUGAUCUUUUAGAUGAUGGAUAUAAUUUAGAUAGUCCAGGAUCAACCAAUUCUACUCCAAAAUAUUUAAUUAAUAAUUCUGAUUUAGAAAAAUCAUCAGGGGCAAGUAGUCCAACUGUUACUGGAAAUUCUGCUAAUCAAUUACCAUUCAUCAAUGAUGAUAUUGCUGAAAUGGAUGAAGGUUUUGGAUAUAAUUUCCAAGUUAAACAAAACCAAUAGACCCCCAUUGUUGCUUCUUUUUAUACAUAUCUCUUUUAGUU